CACGCACGCGGUGCGGGGGUGCCUCUCUCUCUCUCUCUCUCUUUUUUCCUCUUACAGAAGAUGGGCAGCAACUGAAAGAAGCCUUGUAUGAACUCACAAUGGAGACCUCAGUGCCCGUCGUGUUUGUUCAACAAAAACAAGUCGGAGGUUUCCAGAAAAUUUUAGAGGCACACAAGGACGGAACGCUUAAAAAGUUACUUGAAGUGAAUGGCCAGGCAGAAGGACAUUCUUAUGACUACGAUCUGAUUGUCAUUGGAGGGGGCUCGGGAGGACUGGCUGCUUCCAAGGAAGCUGCCAAGCUCGGCAAGAAGGUGCUGGUGCUGGAUUAUGUUGUCCCUACUCCUUUGGGAACUAGAUGGGGUCUUGGAGGAACUUGUGUCAAUGUCGGAUGCAUACCUAAAAAGCUGAUGCACCAGACAGCUUUGCUUGGACAAGCCAUAUCUGAUGCACCCAAGUUUGGGUGGCAAUUGGAACCCAAAGUAAAUCACAGCUGGGAGACCAUGAAAGAAGCGGUUCAGAAUUACAUUGGCUCUCUGAACUGGGGUUACCGGGUGGCCCUCCGAGAUAAUAAAGUCACAUAUGAGAACGCUUAUGGAGAAUUUGUUGGGCCUCACAGAGUUAAGGCAACAAAUAGCAAAGGGGUAGAGAAGUUUUACACAGCAGAGAGAUUUCUGAUUGCAACUGGAGAAAGGCCCCGUUAUCCCGGCAUCCCUGGAGACAAGGAAUAUUGCAUCACCAGCGAUGAUCUCUUCUCCCUGUAUUACUGCCCAGGAAAGACAUUGGUGGUUGGGGCUUCCUAUGUCGCCCUUGAGUGUGCGGGGUUCCUUGCAGGUCUUGGUUUAGAUGUGACUGUGAUGGUGCGCUCCAUUCUUCUAAGAGGCUUUGAUCAGGAUAUGGCAAACAAAAUAGGGGAGCACAUGGAAGGACAUGGAGUCAAGUUCAUUAGGAGAUGUGUGCCCACCAAGAUUGAACAGAUCAAGGAAGGAACUCCUGGGAUACUAAAAGUCACAGCUCGUCAUACUGAGAACUCUGAAAUUAUUGAAGGAGAAUACAAUACAGUGUUGCUGGCCAUUGGGAGGGAUUCAUGUACAAGAAAAAUUGGCUUGGAGAGGAUUGGAGUGAAGAUCAAUGAGAAAACAGGAAAAAUCCCUGUCAAUGAUGAAGAGCAGACGAACGUGCCUUAUAUCUAUGCCAUCGGAGAUGUGUUGGAAGACAAGUUGGAACUCACACCGGUGGCGAUUCAAGCGGGUCGGCUGUUGGUACGGAGGCUUUAUGGCGGAUCAGCUGUAAAGUGUGACUAUGUGAAUGUUCCAACCACAGUGUUCACCCCACUUGAAUAUGGAGCCUGUGGCUAUUCAGAAGAAAAAGCCAUAGAGAAAUUUGGAGAUGAUAACAUUGAGGUUUAUCACAGUUAUUUCUGGCCACUGGAAUGGACUGUCCCAGCCCGAGAUAACAAUAAAUGCUAUGCAAAAAUCAUUUGCCACAUUCCAGAUAAGGAGCGUGUUAUUGGUUUUCAUGUGCUUGGUCCAAAUGCUGGAGAAAUGACUCAAGGAUUUGCAGCGGCCAUAAAAUGUGGAAUGACAAAAGAACUGUUGGACAGCACAAUAGGAAUUCAUCCAGUCUGUGCAGAGGUAUUUACCAGCUUGUCAGUGACAAAGCGCUCUGGUGGAGAUAUUCUUCAGUCUGGAUGCUGAGGUUAAGCCCCCCUCACUGUUGCUGCUGUUGCCAAAGUCUGGCCUUCAUCACCAUUGCGGACUUGUCAAGCGUGGGAGGAUGCAGCUAGAAGAAAACCCUUGAUAAGUUGCACAUGCUCUCCACCACCACCACCACCACUCACAGUGAGCAGGGCAAGCAAAGCAUAUUAAGAACGGGCCAAUUACUAUUGGUGAUCGAAUGGCAACCAGCGCAGCAGUGGGGCCGGAUCCUGUCAAGAUGCUGUUUGGCAUGGGCAUUGUCAAGAUGCUUCCAUGAAGUCACAGUCUAAAACCAGCGUUUUCUGGUAGGCAGUGACGGAAAGACUGCCAGCGCAAGCUUGAUGCAAACUCUUUUUCCUCCUGAAUGAAGAGCUUCCUCAGACUCUUGUUUUAUUCCCACUUUCUCAGUUUGUUACCAUGGAAUCUCCAAGGAACAAAGUCAGUAGCAGCAUGUCUGCAUUCCCCCUUCUGUGGGCCCACGUUCUGUGUCCGGAUUUGUACAGAUCACUGAUUGUGUUUCAACGGAUGGUUCUAAGAAGCAAAAUACUUUUACUUUAUCUCCCUGUUUCUAGUUUGCCCAGAGCAACACAUCAAUUUCUAGGUAUUAUGUCACUACUGUUCAUUUUUAGAAACUGCAUCUGACAAUCACGUUAGUGACAUUUCCCCCUUCAGUACCACUAGCCUUAUGUGGAUUAUUUAUAACCAUGUUUUGGGAUACCCUGUCAAUGUUUCCUUGGAUACUGUUCCAGUUGUUCUUAAAUUUUAUCUGUAUUUAAUGAAAACAAGAGUAAAACAUUUUUGAGUGCACUGAAAAUUAGCAUGAGCUCUUAAAACCUGCUGCCUGCUUGGAUAGCAGCCUUCUUUGCCCGUUGUUUGGUGGGAAGUGUUUUGAGGAAUUGUAAGUACUUUCACUCCAAGAUUACUAUGUGGUUACCAUGGAAAACAGCCGUCCACAGCUUUUCAUGUAUUGUCU